AGUUUCCUCCCGAAAAGAGAAGACUCCCUGGCCCAUCCCCUCCCCUCCGGUCUCUCUGCUGCCACAACUUUGGGGAGAGGGUGCUGUGAGUCAAAGCUUCUUAGGUAUGAAAUCCUGCAAGGCAAACUGCCUGGAUUCCACCGUGGAACCUGAGCCCCAGUGCAAAGGUGGCCUCGAGUGUGCAGGCAAGGGCAGCUCUGAAAGGAUGGAGAACGCUGCCCGGAGAAGGCUGGCGGCCAAUGCCAGGGAGAGGCGGCGGAUGCAAGGGCUCAACACGGCUUUUGAUCGCCUGCGGAAAGUGGUCCCCCAGUGGGGCCAGGAUAAAAAGCUCUCUAAGUAUGAAACGCUGCAGAUGGCCCUCAGCUACAUCAUGGCUUUGACUCGGAUCCUGGCUGAAGCUGAGAGAUACAGCUCCGAGAGGGACUGGAUUCAUCUUCAUUGCGAGCACUUCAAUCAGGACAGCUACCACCCCCUCGUGGGACCCAAGCUGCCCGGCGAGAGUGAGCACUACGCCCAAAGACUCUUUGGCUAUCAGCCCGAACCCUUUCAGAUGGCCAAUUAAGGCCAUUCGAUGCCCUUCAUCCUAUUGCCGGAAGGGAGCUAGCGCUUCGGGGCUUGGCAGCUUCAUUCUUUGAAGUGGAAUCCUAGGAAUAGAUUCCGUUUGGGAGCAUCUCCAGAAGGUCAGCCAAUUUAUAGCUUAAAAACAAACAAAACAAACCAGAGAAUCCUGGAACUUUGUCCCCCCUCCCUCCCCACAUUGAUG